CAUCGUAGCAACGAUUACGUAGACUUUCAAUGUACACACUAUACGUAUAAAAGACCUCUGCAGCACCAGGAAAGCACAGUAGCUCUCGAGUAGUCUAACCAAGAAGUUCACGAUGAGAUUCCUGAUCGCUUUCGUUGCCAUCCUCGGCUAUGCUUCGGCUAGCGCCAUCAUCGCCCCCCUGGCAUACGGCGCCAACGCUGGCGACGUCCAGGCAGCCAUCAUCGACGCGAAUGUCGCGGCGCGCGACACCGCUCGGGCGAUCGGAGAAGGCCAGGCCCGCGCUGCCGAAGCCGCCAUCCAGUACAACGCUGAGGCAGUCCGUCAGGUCGCUGAAACCAACCGCAACAUCAACCAGAACCUCGUGAACGCCCGCGCCGCUGGCUAUGCUGGUGCUCCCCUCGCCUACGCCGGCGCUCCCCUGGCCUACGCUGGAGCUCCCCUUGGCGUAGCCGCCGCCUACGGUGCCUACCCCUACGGACUCCGCGCUUGGUAACCAGUUACCAACCACUACACACCAUCUGUCGAUCUAUUCAGUGUUCCUAAAAUAACUGUCAGAAUUAACAUAAUUAAAUACAACUAGCCAGUUUAUUAGGUAAUGUUAAUUUAGUUAAUAUCGUAUGAGAGUUACCUCAGCCGAUUUAUAAUCUGUUGGGGAUACCCUCGUAGGAUUACUGAUAACGGUUCAAACUUUAUCGGUAAGAGUCGACACCACCUCAGUUUAACAAGGAUAACCGAAUCUCGCUCAACGGACGUAAUAUACAAAGGUUUUGUUCGGUAACUCUCUUUGUAAAGUGAAUCUAAUCACAUGCCAUCUCAGCCAAAGUGCUGCAUAAAUACAUAAUUUUUUUU